UUUGAUAAUUAAUAUUUGUAGCAAUAUAUUAAAAAAAUACAAAAGAAAAUGUGCAACUAAUGGCUUCUAGUAAAAAGAAUCAUGAAGUAAACCAUCUUGAAAAUGAGUUAUUUAAUGAUUUGCAUAGCAACGAAGGAAUAACAUUUGAAUCUUUUGAUUCUUAUAAAGAUUUUAGGAAUGACCAGGAAUUUUUGACAUUGCUAGCCAGUACAUAUGUUGAUGAUGCAGUAAAUGGCAGACAUGAGUACUUUAUCCCUGAGCCUGAACCAUUAAGGAUAUAUCGUUGGUAUCAUCAAAAAGGAAUUAAAAUUUGUCUUAACAUAUUAAUAUGGUUAAACAUGGCAAUUGUUUUGUUUGAGAAACCAUCAGUUUAUGAAUUGCCAUAUUGGGCAACUAUGUUGAUGGAGUUUACAUGUAUUGUUGGAUACACAAUAAGAUUGUACCAUUUAUGGAACUUCACACCUAUAACUCGUUAUUGGAAGAAUAGAAAUGUUAUUGUAGUUUUGAUAUGUAUUUUGUUCACUCUUGUUGAUAUGUUACUCUAUAUUAUCUUAAUGCAAUUGGGACAAAUAAAGUAUGCCGUACGUUGGUCACGAGUUCUAAGACCUGCAUUUAUGAUUAACUUUAGUGAAAGCCAACAGAUUCAAAGAUCUUUACGUAAUAUUCGCAAAAUAAUGCCAGAAGUUUCAAACGUUUUAGUGCUCUUUCUUUUAUUUAUUGGUCUUUAUUCUUUGCUCGGUUUGAAGCUUUUUGGGAAAAGAAACUUCAAAGAUAUUCAAGGAGAACCUUACUUUGUGAAUUAUUGGGACAUAUAUUUUAAGUUAUAUGUUUUAACAACAACCGCUAAUAAUCCAGACAUUAUGAUUCCAGUGUACAACCAAAGCAACUGGUAUUCGUUAUAUUUUGAUGUUUUUACAAUAAUUGCAACAUAUUUAUUUGUCAGUAUAUUUUUGGCUGUUAUAUAUCAAAACUACAGGCAAUAUUUAAAGAAUGGAGUUAUGGCCUCUGUGUACCGCAAGCGUCGCAACAUGAAGUUAGCUUUCGAUUGUUUGAAGGUCAAACAUGGUUCCACAUGGGUUCUUACAUUUUCUAAAUGGAAGCAUUUACUUCAUUUUCUAAGGCCGAAAAUGGAUCCAUUACAAGCCAUCUUAUAUUGGAAAGUGCUUGAUGAAAAUCAAGAAAAUGUUAUAAGAUUCAACAGUUUUUCUCAAUUUUGUGAUCUAUUGUACAUCAAGAUGGAUUCCACAAAUGUUAGAGGACAUAUAUUUAUGCGCUUAACACCAAAUAUUUAUUUUUCAAAAUUCGGCAUCUGGUUGCAGAAAUGUGUCAAACAUAAUUGGAUAUAGUGAAUUUAUUGUUGACUGCUUACUGAUUCUUAGAAUACUACGUUUGUUUAAGCUUGUAGCAAACUUCAAUCGUUUAAAUGUUAUCUUGAAGACAAUUAUACAAAUCGGACCAGCUAUAAUUACUUAUGGGGGGAUCGUAUUUAUACUAUAUUAUGUCUACGGUAUUAUUGGGAUGGAAGUUUUUAGCAACCUUAUACAUGGUUAUGUUACUUUUAAUACAAGCAAUAUAUCAUUAAGUGAGUUUUGUGGAAAUAUAAAGUUGAAAGAUUCAGAGUUUGCUAGGUUAAAAUAUUGUGAAAAAAACUUUAAUAAUAUUGUUAAGUCUUUUAACAUUCUAUUUGAUCUAAUGAAUGUGAAUCAGUGGCACAUUAUAACCGAUGGUUUUGUUCGUGUAACCAACUCGUUUGCUCGAAUUUACUUUGUGUCAUUCCACUUCUUCUGUGUUAUUGUUGUCCUUAAUAUUUUUGUUGCAUUUAUCUUGGAAGCAUUCAUUGUUCAGUAUUCGCUUUCAAAACGGAAUUCUCAAAUAGCGUUGGAGAAGAAAAUACUAGAGAAAGGAAAAGUCACAUCUAAUGCUGAGCCAACUUUGUCAGUGAAUGAUACAAUUGAUUUUGCUAAUCUUGACAGCGACUUCAAUAUACAGGAAUAUCUUAAUAAAUCAGGUAUGACCUUUCAACUUCGUAAAAGCCAGUGGAAUAAUGCAGAAUAUUUAUUACAACAAAUGUUCGAAGACGAGCUUGAUGAAAAAGAUAUAGGAGUUGAAUUUAAUGAUGACUUUGAGGAUUUAGAGCCAAUUGUAUUUCAAUCAACUAGUACUUUCAAAAAAGAUAAAAUAAAUAAUCUAGAUUUUUUUUAAAAAAAAUUAUAAAACGAUUUAUUUUACAACUUUCUUUAUUCUGUUAGACUAAUAUUUCUUUGAUAAAGUUUUUUAAUUUCUUUGUACUAAUAAUCUUAAAG